GCCUUUGGUUGAUUUGGGUUCCCUACGUGAACGCGCUCAACGCACUCCAGCGCGUCAAUUAGGCACGAACGUGCACGCAAUUGACAUUUGACUAAAAAUAAGAUAGAGGUGUACACUGAUUCUGAAACUAAACACUUUUUCACACAUAGACACAUUAACACAUUUGGUUGCUUCCCUUAUUUGUGUGUGAAAACUUCCUCAGAGGAAGCACCAGCGGCUUGGAUCCGGACUUCCUGUUACAUGCUCGGCUGUGGACUACAAGGGGAUGAGGUCCUCGAAAGAUCAUAAAACUACCCAAUGAAACCGGAAUAAAAGGGCAUUCAAGAUGAGUUGGAUUCCCUUCAAGAGUGGACAACCAAAGAAGCAGAUUGUCUCUAAAACAGUUGAAAGAGACUUCGAGCGAGAAUAUGACAAGCUCCAAAAGCUGGAGGAUCAGACGAAAAAGCUUCACAAGGACAUGAAGAAAAGCACCGAGGCUGAUUUAGCCAUGUCCAAAGCAGCCGUGAAGAUCUCUGCAGACCUGCUGAGUAACCCACUGUGUGAGCAGGACCAGGCCUUCUUGGAGUCCAUGAGUGCUUUAGACACCGCGAUGAAAAGGAUGGAUUCCUUCAACCAGGAAAAGGUCAACCAGAUCCAGAAGACAGUUAUCGACCCUCUGAAAAAGUACGGUGGCGUCUUCCCCAGCCUCAACAUGGCAGUGAAACGCCGGGAACAGGCGCUGCAGGACUACAAACGAUUGCAAUCCAAAGUGGAAAAGUAUGAGGAGAAAGAAAAAACGGGCCCCGUUAUGGUCAAACUACAUCAGGCCAGAGAUGAGCUGCGACCGGUCAGGGAAGACUUCGAAGCCAAGAACAAGCAGCUGCUUGACGAGAUGCCCAAGUUUUACCACAGCCGCAUCGACUACUUCCAGCCCAGUUUUGAGGCACUUAUCAGGGCACAGGUGGUCUAUUUCACUGAAAUGUACAAAAUCUUCAGCGACCUAACUGACCAGAUCGACCAGGCAGGGUUGACUGAUGAGCAGAGGGAGAGGGAGACUGAGGCCAAGCUCAGCGAGUUGCGUGCUCUGUCCAUUGUCGCCGACGACUGAGAGAGGCGAGCAGAAAAACCCGGGAAAGGCUCUUUUCAUGCCUCUCUGAAUGGAUUGCACUCUUUUCAGGCUCCUUCGCGUGGCUCAAACGGACAGCAGAAGCCUUAAUCUGAUUAGCAGUUUGCUUCCCUAUGGCCUCACCUCCCAUCAUUCCUCUUAAACAAUUUUACCCAUGUUUCAUUCCCUCUUUAAAAUCUCUCUGAGCAGCUGAAAUGCCACAUUAACUAAGCCAUCAGCCAAGUGCAGCAUUAUAAGCCAAUAUGUUGUUUGUUUUUUUUUCACUAAGGACUCAAACCGUUCUCAUCAGAACUAAUUAACAAGGUUACACUUCUUGAUUUCAGAGAUGUCUAUAAACAUUUGUUUCCAAAGUAGGAAAUGAGCACGGAAGUGUCUAUUAGUCUCAUCUGCUAUGUUACCAGCAAUCUGUGAAAUACAGUUUUUAUUACCCAACUCUGAAAUUACAAACACUACAGACUGAAUGUUAUUUAACGUACUGCAGGUUGUGUCUCUGUUUUUUGGCCUUCGCUGGUUAUCUCAAAGUUUAGUUCUGUGCCAUGUUGGGUGAGGGUGAGUUUACAGGAUGAUAGUGAAAACAUCACUUGUGCAUUAUGUGCCUAUGUUUUCCCGACUGUGGAUGUAACACUAACACUAAGUUGAGUAAAGAAUGUGCCGGUGCAGCGGUUGAUCAAAGGUUGAUCGCUUGGGCUGCAGGGAGAAGACUCGCUGUGUACAGAGAAUGACUGCCCAAAACAAAGGCUGGUGCUCCCUCUGGUGGAAAGUAUAAAUUGUGACAGUUAUUCCUUUUAUCCACACCAGCCAUCUCUUGUACUACUGUCGUGAGUCAAUUUUUUUGUAAGCAAAGGAUGGAAACCAGUUUAACACCUUUACAAGGAAAUGAAAAGAUACUCUUAUUAUCUUAUCAUGAAGAUAAAACAAUUCGGACAAAUGUUGCCAGAGGUACUCAAAGCAGGUCAGAACUUGUUCACAUGCUCAGACUGUUAAUCAAGGAUACAUUAAAUGUAAGAAUCUUUUAUACGAACAUUAAUAUGAAGAAACUGUAUAAAGUCCUGUCUUUACCAUCUACUCAAGGGACCAAAUCAUGCUGCCCUUUCACUCCUUUGUCAGGCACUGCUUCAGUAUGAUGGUUAUGGGGACUAUACGAUGUGAUUGAUCUCCUUACAUGUCGAUGGGUUUCUUUUCAAUUGUCACACCCAGAAGUUGACUAUUUAUUUCUUGACAGAUGUUUUCAGAUCUUAGUCAAUGGCUUGUCUCUUUGUUCUUUAAUGUAACGGUCUUAAUGAAGGUGAUUUUCUUAUAAUGGAUGAAGAGUUUUAAUUUGUAGUAAUGGUUGAUUUUUUUUUUUAACCAAACUAAGUGGAUAACAGAUUUAGUUUCAGUUCUUAGAUGUAUUAUUAAAAUCUGUUAAAUGACAAUGCCAUCAGCGUUUAUGUCACUGUAUAAUCAAUCAUGAAAUAAAUGAAUGAAUUGUUGCGUCAA